CUGCAGUCAGAUCUCAGCGUCUCUCCACAGGAACCAGCCCUUCAUGGUAGCACGCCCACGGAAAGGCAAGGAAAGAUGAAGGGGAGGCCUGGCUGAGCUGUCACCCUCCAGGGAAACCAUCUUUGUAUGGCAGCCUGACUUGUCAAGGAAUUGGCCUAGAUGGUAUCCCAGAGGUUACAGCCUCAGAAGGAUUUAUUGUGAAUGAAAUAAACAAGGCCUGGAUACAAUCCUAAUCUCUUCAAACAUCAUUGCUAAUUUCUGCUGUGAACCUGCUGGGUGGGUUCAGACAAAAAGCAUUCAUAUUUCAUGUCCAAAGGAAAGUGCAUCUUCCAAGUUUUUGGCACCAUACACUACUUUUUCCAGAAUUCAUACAAAGAGUAUAACAUGUCUGGACAUUUCCAGCGGAGGAGGUCUUGGCGUGUCUUCUAGUUCCGAUGGUAGCAUGAAGAUCUGGCAGGCUUCCAAUGGAGAACUCAGAAGAGUAUUGGAAGGACAUGUGUUUGAUGUGAAUUGUUGCAGGUUUUUCCCAUCAGGCCUUGUGGUUCUGAGUGGGGGAAUGGAUGCUCAGCUGAAGAUCUGGUCAGCUGAAGAUGCUAGCUGUGUGGUGACCUUCAAAGGGCACAAAGGAGGUAUCUUGGAUACAGCCAUCGUUGAUCGAGGGAGGAAUGUGGUGUCUGGUUCUCGAGAUGGAACUGCACGACUUUGGGAUUGUGGGCGUUCAGCCUGCCUGGGAGUCAUUGCAGACUGUGGUUCAUCCAUUAAUGGAGUAGCAGUGGGUGCUGCUGACAACUCCAUAAACCUUGGCUCACCGGAGCAGACACCCAGUGAACGGGAGGUUGGAACAGAGGCAAAAAUGCUGUUAUUGGCCCGGGAAGAUAAGAAGCUUCAGUGCUUGGGACUACAGAGCAGGCAGCCGGUGUUCCUCUUUAUUGGCUCAGAUGCCUUCAACUGCUGUACUUUUCUCUCUGGCUUCUUGCUGUUGGCUGGGACACAAGAUGGAAACAUUUAUCAGCUAGAUGUGAGAAGUCCAAGGGUUCCGGUACAAGUCAUCCACAGAUCAGGAGCACCAGUUCUAUCCCUGCUGAGUUUCAGAGAUGGAUUCAUUGCUAGCCAAGGAGAUGGAAGCUGUUUUAUUAUUCAGCAAGACCUAGACUAUGUCAUUGAGCUCACAGAAGCUGACUGUGACCCCGUGUAUAAGGUAGCCACAUGGGAGAAGCAGAUCUACACAUGCUGUCGAGAUGGUCUUGUGCGACGCUAUCAACUUUCUGACCUCUGACCCUUUUCUCAGUUAGUGAAAAGGAUUAAUGCUGAUCAACAAAGAGUGGAAACAUCAUCAAUCCUUCCCAAGGUCUAUGGCCCUUUAGUGUCUUGGGCACCCCUUGAAAGUCACAGCAAGUCAGCUGUACUGGCCCAUGUGGAACAAUCAUCCCAAGACCUACUUUGAACUGAGUGAGAAGCUCACUUGUGGUCACUGCCUUUGAGCUUCUCUUUGUGUAAACUCACCCCACAACACAGGGUAAGGAUCUGGAAGCUUAUAUUUUGUUCUCUCACCAGUUGUGUUAAAUGUUUACAAGGAACAGAACACUAAAGCCUGUUUGCUGGAAGAAAUAAAGAACAUAUGUUUGGAAGA